AUGGCUUUCUUUCUCAAAUUAUUAUUCACUAUUGCCUUUGUAUUGAUCAAAAUUAAUACUUCUGAAGCUCAAGAAAUUAGACAGGAUCAGUCUAACGUAAGUCUUGGCUCUUCUCUUACACCUGAUAAGAACUUGUCAUGGUUAUCAAAUUCAGGUCUCUACGCCUUUGGAUUUUACAAGCAAGGCAAUGGCUAUUCCGUGGGGAUAUUUCUAGCGGGGAUUGCUCAGAAGACCGUUGUAUGGACCGCAGACCGGGAUUCCGCCCCAGUCACCAGCAACGCCACUUUGCUAUUCACGAGUGAAGGAAGGCUGGUCUUGCGUCCAACACAAGGCAAAGAUUAUUAUGACAUAGCAGAUUCUUCGCUACCGCCAGCGUCUUCGGCUUCCAUGCUCGAUUCGGGCAAUUUCGUGCUCUACAACUCUGAUGGUGGAAUUAUAUGGCAGAGUUUCGAGCAUCCAACCGAUACCCUUUUGCCAACUCAACAUCUCGCUGCGGGGAACGAGCUUGUUUCGAGCGUCUCAGACUCUGAUCACUCGUCGGGAAUCUUCCGUCUGAAGAUGCAAAAAGAUGGGAACCUUUGUCAGUACCCUGUGGGAACUCCGGAUGAAGCUCCACACUCGUACUUCACUUCUUGGACAGACGGGAAAGAUGAUCAUGAUGAGAGUACCGGAAGCUGGUCAGUUGAAUGGUCAUCUUCUAAGAACAAGUGUGAUCCCAAGGGCGUGUGCGGAUUGAACGGGUUUUGUGUUUCUAAUGGUGAUCAAGAACAGCUACCUAUUACUUGUAGAUGUCUCCCGGGGUUCGAUUUUGUUAACAAGACGGAUAAAAGUUCAGGGUGCAAGAGGAAUAUCAGCAUCGCGGAUAUCUGCGGAAACGAGAGGAUGAAUUUCACCUUCACCAUGGAAGAACUUCCAAACACGGGUUGGUAUGAUAAUACGUAUUCAGAUUUGUCAUUGCAACAGAAAGAGGCCUGCACACAAGAUUGUCUCAGUGACUGCAACUGCGAAGCUGCGUUCUACAAGGACGGAAAGUGCAGAAAGCAGAAGCUUCCUUUGAGGUAUGGGGUAGGUCUUCAAAGUGAUUCAAAUAUAGCUCUUGUCAAGGUAUACACACCCAAAUCCACCAUUGAUCAAGAACCGGCUUUGCCCAAAGAAACCGACGAAAGAUCAGUAUUUCGGAGGAAUUUCCUAAUUAUCGGAGUUGUCCUUGUUGUUUUCGGAUUCAUGAUGAUGGUGAUCUCUAUAGUUUUGUUCCGUAAGAGCAAAGUUUGGACAUACAGAAAGAUGGAUUUCUAUAAGGAAGCCGAACUUGGCGAUGAAGUUGCGCUUCGACCCUAUACAUAUGAAGAGCUAGAGAAGAUGACCGAGGGUUUCAAGGAAGAGAUUGGAAGAGGGUCAUUUGGGACGGUUUAUAAAGGAAGGAUUCUCUACAGCGGAAAAGUAGUAGCUGUCAAGAGACUAGGAAGACUACUGCCAGAGCAAGGUGACAGAGAGUUUCAAAAUGAGAUGAAAGCUAUUGGGAGAAUCCAUCACAGGAACCUAGUUCGCUUACUCGGGUUUUGCCGCGAAGGACCGAACAGGCUUUUGGUAUACGAGUACAUGGCCAAUGGAUCACUUGCAGAUAUGCUCUUCACACCAGGGAAACAUGGCGUGAUUCGUUGGGAUGAAAGAGUGAAAAUCUCUUGUGAAAUAGCAAGAGGAAUCGUGUAUCUCCAUGAAGAGUGCGAGACGCAAAUGAUCCAUUGCGAUAUAAAGCCUCAGAACAUACUCAUGGAUGAGAAAAUAUGUGCCAAGAUCUCCGAUUUCGGGCUGGCUAAGUUGCUCAGGCCAGAUCAAACACAAACCUUUACCGGGAUUAGAGGAACAAGAGGGUAUGUUGCCCCUGAGUGGCAUAAAAAAUUUCCUGUUACUGUCAAAGCAGAUGUCUACAGCUUUGGGAUUGUGCUACUGGAGAUAAUAUGUCGUCGACGAAAUGUUGCCAUGGAUGUUCCCGAGGAAGAAGCGAUCCUGGAAGAAUGGGCGCGUUAUUGUUUUGAGAAUGGAGAGCUGCGGAAAUUGGUGGUCGAUGAUGAAAAUGUAGACGAGAGUCAAUUAGAGAGGAUGGUUAAAGUUGCACUUUGGUGCCUUGAGGAGGAACCGUCACUUAGGCCUUCCAUGAAGAACGUUCUGCUCAUGCUAGAAGGGAUUUUGGACGUCUCAAGCCCUCUUAGUCCAAAUUCUUUUACUUAG